UGGAGUAUUCCUCCUUAAAAACCCUCUCUCUCUGAAAAUGUCAUGUCCCGACAAUGUGACUUCCAACUCGUUUUUGAUGGACUCGUUGGCCGGUACCUGUAGAGGGGAGAAUUAUUCCUCCAGCCAAGGGAUGUACAUGCAGCCCGGGAGCGAUUUCAGCUGCGGAGUCAUGAGGAACUGUGGAAUCCUCCCGUCCCUUCCCAAAAGGGACGAGGUGAAUAGCGCUGCCUUGUCUCUCAGCACCUAUCCGUCUUACCUGUCGCAGCUAGACACUUGGUGUGACCCCAAAACCGCGUACAGGAUCGAGCAACCUGUUGCCAGGCAGCUGCCGUCCUGCUCCUUCCCCGCCAGUGUCAAGGAGGAGAAUGUUUGCUGCAUGUACAACGCGGAGAAAAGGGCCAAAAACGCCCCCGAGCCAACCCUCUACCCCAACCAACUGCCUGAGUCUUGCCUAAACGACCACGAAGUCCCCGUUCCCAGCUACUACCGAGCCAGCCAAGGUUACCCCUCGGUGGAGAAGACGUCCAACUGCAGCAAUCCCAGUGAGUUUGAGGCGAGUUUUGAAGCCAGGGCGAGCCUGAACGCGAGGAGCGAGCAUCUGGAACCACCGGCACCGGCACCGCCACCUCCGCCGCCUCCUCCUCCUCCUCCUCCUCCUCCUCCCCCGGUGGGGAAAGUGAAUUUCCCCGAAAACGCAAAACCAGAUAACCCUCAGAACGACACCAUCAAAACGGAAAAAAGCUGCCCCGCGCCCAAAAUAAGCCCCUCGGAGGCAGAGAAGGAGCUGACUAAAAACACUGACACCAGCACUGACAAUUCUGACAGCGAAGCGAAAG